CACCAGGAAGAUUUCUGUUGCAGGCUUUACAAGAAAUGGCCCGCCUGGAGUUUCCCAAGGGCGGUGCCAGGCUGCCCUAGCCCCUCACCUGAGCAGGGAGGCUCAGCAUAAAUGCCUGCCUCCCCUCACCUACAGCCACAGACCACCAGCUCUGCCCAGCAGCCACCAGCAGGAUGAAGCUUCUCACCAGCCUGUUCUUCUGCUCCCUGCUCCUGGGUGUCUGCCAUGGAGGCUUUUUUUCAUUUAUGGGCGAGGCUGUCCAAGGGUCUUGGGACAUGUGGCGAGCCUACUCUGACAUGAAGGAAGCUAACUGGAAAAACUCAGACAAAUACUUCCAUGCUCGGGGGAACUAUGAUGCUGCCCAAAGGGGUCCCGGGGGAGCCUGGGCUGCUGAGAAAAUCAGCAGGAUGAAGCUUCUCACCAGCCUGUUCUUCUGCUCCCUGCUCCUGGGUGUCUGCCAUGGAGGCUUUUUUUCAUUUAUGGGCGAGGCUGUCCAAGGGUCUUGGGACAUGUGGCGAGCCUACUCUGACAUGAAGGAAGCUAACUGGAAAAACUCAGACAAAUACUUCCAUGCUCGGGGGAACUAUGAUGCUGCCCAAAGGGGUCCCGGGGGAGCCUGGGCUGCUGAGAAAAUCAGUGAUGCUCGAGAGGGCAUUCAGUCAUUCUUCGGCAGAGGACACGAGGAUACCAUGGCUGACCAGGAAGCCAACAGACAUGGCCGCAGUGGCAAGGACCCCAAUCACUACAGACCUGCUGGCCUGCCUGACAAAUACUGAUCGUCCUCCUAUUAGCUCAGGAGGUUGUGCUGGGGGCCUGAGGGCGGGGGCUGGGCUUCUUCCUACCUAGGAACCCUGAAGAUGCUCUCUGGGAAAACAUAGGAUACCUCUCAUGUGUGUACCACACAGGGGUUUCAGAACUGUGCUACUCUCGCAGUAGUAACCACUCGAUGAGGAGAGGGUAAUAAACAAGAACUUGGAAG